GUCACGAAAGAGCGUCGGUCGGUCGCGGUUGGUAAGUGUUCGUCUUCGUGCGCACCAAAAAUCAGUGCGGCAGUGCGUUAGAAAAGAAAAUUUUCAACGGGAAACGGGCCGCGGUUUUUCUUAUUUCGGCUUAUAUUCCAUAUCCGCCCCGUAGGUCCUUUCUUCUAAUUUUUGCAGUUUCGAAGAGGAAAAGUAGGCAAGAAAAUAGUGUGCGAAAAGCAGCGCGACAAGAAAGAGACAAACCGCCGCAAAGUGUGCGGUGUGGCGGGUGUUAGAGUGAGACAAAGCGAAAAUCAAUUCUUUCUGGCCGCACAUUAGAUUGUAACCUCGGGGUUCUUGGUUUUUCGCGUUUGGUUUUCUUUUUUUAGGAAAUAAUUUUAUGAUCUCGAGCCGUGUCCGUGACAACGCGUGAAUGGUGUGUGCUUUGAGUGUAAGCACGUAAGUUUUUUUAUUACGUCCAAAUAAGGACAGUUUUGUUUUAGUGAAAAUUUAUGCGGAGAAUUGAAUCGGUAGAAAAGUGAUCUUCCUAAUACAGUAAAAUAAUCAGAUCGAAGCCGAUCUGCAGCUAAAGUUCAGGUGAAAGUGAACGUGAUCGUCGAAGAUAAUCAUCAUCAAGGCUGAAAGUGAAAUGUCAAAAGUGUUGACGGCAAAAAGCGAUGACUACUACCAGCGCCAAAUGGGAUUGACUGGACUGCAGUCUUCCUUCGAUGCAGAUUCAUUGCCCGAUUACAGCGAGUUUGACUCGGAAUCUGUGACACUGGACUACUUCAAGGAGAGUACCGCGCGGGGUCCUUCUCCCAGCAAGAUGGCUCCAACGACGACAAUCGAGACGGUGACCAUCACCAGGCCGCUUAAGGUAAUUGCCUUCAUCUGUGGAGUAAUUGUGAUUGUUCUGAUGAUCCUGGCGCUCACCUCAACCGACUGGCUGAUGGCUGAAAACUGGCGACAGGGCCUGUUUGUGCACUGCAUCGAGGAGGAUUACGCUCCGCCACUGCCCUUCAACCUGCAGGAUCCACCCGGUUGCUAUCCGAGUCGCGAUGUUACAUACAUUAAAGCUACUGCAGCUCUAUGUAUUGUUACCCUAGUAACAGAUGCACUGGCGACGAUCCUAACCGGACUUGGACUGCGGACGCAGGACCACACACUGAAGUACAAGUUCUACCGAAUCGCAGUAUUGGUUAUGAUGGUGGCAUUAAUCUCUUUACUAGUGGCUCUCAUCCUCUAUCCGGUGUGCUUCGCGGCGGAACUUAAUCUAGGAAAUCGGCCAGUGUGGGAAUUCGGCUGGGCUUACGGUGUCGGCUGGGGGGCAGCUAUUUUCCUGUUCGGUGCCGUCGUGCUGCUGCUGUGCGACAAGGAAUCCGAAGAGAUCUACUACAAGGAAAGGAAAAUAGUACACGACGCCUCGAUGCGAGACUAGGCCAGGCCGCACGCCCUGCCCGAUGUUGUACUUUAGGCUUUUUAAAUAAAAACGAGAAAAAUAAUUGUCGUUCACAAUCCUCUCAAAGAAAAGGUUAUAGAGAUGAUGUACCAAAGCAGAAACUGUGAAAAUGGAAAAUCUAAACUACUAGAACAGAAGCAAAAUCAAGCAAAAGUAUAAAUACCCAAAAAAAGAUAUAUUCAGUGUGUUCUCCAGCUAAAUGAAUGUUAAUUGCUAUCGUUGGAGCAUUUCCAUGUCUUUUUGGUACUCGAUCGAUAAGCGAUAAAUUUUCGUUUUCAAGCAAACAAAAAAAACAUAGUCAAGUCAGCCUUUUAUUUCGCGUUUCCUUCCGUUUUGAAUGAUACUAAUUGGCCUGCAAAGCAAAACGAAAAAAAAAUGUGUGUAGAAUCAAACUGUUUAGGCAACGCUCAUUCAAAGAUGAAACCAACCAAAAAAAGCAGUCGAUUUUUGUUACUACAUUCGGCUAAAUGGUACAUCCUUUUGAUUUUGUACACUUUGGAAUACUCGAAAAAAAUUCAGAAAUCAAAAAAAACCCUGGAUCAUCAGCAGGAACCACCAAGGAAGGGAAGGAGCAACAGCAGCAGAAGCGGAAACAACAGAAAGCAGAGAAUGAACGCGAUUUUUUGAAAAGUUAUUAAAAAGCAACUAGAAGAGCCGGUAAACAUCACGAAAGUCACGCAGCUGUAUUAAGGCACGGUUAAGAUCCGACAGUACAGGAAAAAAAAAGACGUAAAAAAACGUGACAUGGGCAAGGGUAUGGCGCCGUCAAACAAUGCUAAACUAGAAUAUACAAGAAAACAUAUUUAUUGAGAAAACAAAAUAUUAAGGAAACGACACUAUUUAUACAACAAAAUUUUUCAGAAAGGCAACUAUCUGCAGAAGAAAACAAACGGACAGAACUUAAGAGUAAACAAAACAAAUUAUAAACUGUUUAUUAGCGAAGGUAUAACUACAUCUACUACAAUUACUAUUGUAAAAUAUUUACUCGAACGUUUCUUUCAACAGCCUAGGUUGGUACAAUUAUACUUUCAAAUAUUGUUCUGAACAGAUACAGAAGAAUGUGCUCUUUCUUAUACAGGCGAAUAUUGUUGUCGAAGCAAAUUUUCUACUCCAAUCGAAAAACAUGGAACAAGUCAACUUGUAUAAAUACAUAAAUUUUCCUAUUAUAUCGCAACUAAGACUAGCAGUAUAAUCCAAGCGUUUACGAACACACUGAAACGAACGAACAAUUAAACAAAACACUCCAUAUCGAACAAUUACUACCUACACCCAUACACAUUUAUAUGAGUAGCAAACUGUUGUCUGCCUUCUUCUGCACAUGGAAAAAUUUGUAUGCAUAAAACGCACCAUUUACAUAAUCCGUCAGCUUUGCGUCAACAGCAACAAACGCAACGACACUGCGCCGAAACGUCGAAACGAGUUUCUUACAGUUCCCAUAGAGACGUUACGACCUACAACAUCACACACACGCGGAAAGUAUUGCCGUACUGAAACGUAUCCAACUUAACUGGACGGAUCGGUCACGUUGACGUUGACGUUCCGUUCCGUUGACGGAAGCUGACAUCGACCGUGUAAAUCGUGCUUAAAUUAUCAACAAUACAUUUUCGUUUAAAGUCACACUAUAAUGUAACAAUGGAUCUGAUUGAAAAGUAUCUAACCUAAUACUCAACAAAUGUUUCCCCCGACGGAAUCUCGUGAAGAAUCAAGUUCACAAAACACUUUAGGCGGCAUCUGUACGUAAAUCGACUAUCCGGCGUCUCCCUUAGAAACUGACAAACCAUAUCCACUUUUGUACCAAAUAGACCAAACCCUUCCCCCUCAGCGGAAACCAACUGUCAAACAGUAGCUAUGGAAAAAAAGAAAACGAACACUUUUGUACUCCUUCUCAACACACACAUAUAGUCAAACCCGGUCCAAAGGCACACAGAAAAUCAUAUGCCAGACACUAAAGGAGCGUGUAGAAAAGUAUUGCGGUUACUAUUGUAUAUGUUCUCUUAUGUUAACUUUCUUGUUUUCUUCAAUGGAAGCCAUAGUGUUCCAGGUCUCCAUAUUUUCAAUAUAUGAAUAAGUCGAUUUCAGACCAAUUUAUCUCUGAAUCGGUAAAAGUCUCCUCUUUAAUCAAAUUUUAUAAUAUCUUAUUACCACGCGCGAUUUGAGUAAAAUUAAUGAAUAAUUGAGAAACUCGUCAAUUGUGUAUAUACAUAGAUAUCGCCACACUAAAUUAUAUUAAUAACAAUUAAUUUUGAAUAAAAAAAUUAACCAUCAAGCAAACACAAAGAAACAAUUCCUUCAUUUUCCGCUGUACAUGACCGAUCGGUUCGGUUACCUUCAUCCCUCGUUUACAUAAUCAAAAAUACAAUUAUUGAACAAACAGAUAAGCUUAGCAAUGAUUUAAAUUCAAAUAAUUCAUAAAUCUAUCGAAAUAUCAAAGAGUAGCAUUGAAUGCGUUUAGUAUCAUAUACACUUUACACUGCGACGAAGAAAUAAAAAAAAUAGAAGCAACAACAAGUUGGUAGCUAGUAUCAAACGGCAAACUUCAUCCCUCAAUCGAAAACUAUAUACAGAAAAAACAGGACGCAAACAUGCUGAUAGACCAAACUUUUAUCACCAGCAUGAAGCGACAGUCUAUGUGACGAACGAACGAACGUCUAGAGGGCAAACAAAACAAGUUUAUAGCAACAACAACAACAAACGGAAUUCUCCAGCCGGUAACGAAGCAGUCUGCGUUAUAGUUGAAAUAUACCAAAUACCCAGAAGAAAAAAAAAUCAUAGCAAGCGAGUAAAUGCAGACGUAACCGAAUUAGCGAGAGAUUAAACCACGGUCAAUGCACAUCCAGGAAUCUGAAAUUUGAACGGUUUUUACAGAUUUUGAGUAGCUUAACGGGAAGUGAUACGGCAGAAGUUGUAUUACCGAAACAAGGCAGAAGAAAACAACGUAGUGAAGUUGAGGAGAAGGUCUUGUUCGGAUUCUACUUUAUGUAAUGUUUACAUAACAAUGAACAUAAUAAAUUGAAUUUAAUUGAGACAUUCA